AUGUCAGAUGAGCAAGAGCCUUUAUUGAAGGAAGAAACGAAUGGAGCCCCACUGGAGAUGCGGACAGUCGUUAGCGGGACGGCUGUGGUUCCUGCUAUUCCAGGGAAUCCUGAUUCCCUGAUGCCUACAGGCAUUCCGGAGUGCUCGAGCACUAUUUCAUCCGCUAUUGCGGAAACUCCCAUAGGGUCAUCUGGUUCAGCGACCGGCAAUACCGCAACCACCCUGUUAUUGGCAGACAACAAGGGGCACAAGAGCUAUAUGCAGAAAGCAGGCGUUAGUAUAUCGGCACCUGUGCGCAGUGGUCCCAAGGUAAUUACCGGUAGUAGGGUGGGGCCUCAGAGAACAUCCCGUACUGCUCAGAAACUCAAGUUGCUACCAGAGGAACCAUUCCAACGAUCACAGGAACAGGAAGAUGACUCAGUAGACAGAGAGGUAUACUCUCAGGUGAACAGAAUUACGGACAAACCUGCACGGAGAGAUGCAGAGAAGCUAGGCAAGUCGCAUAGACACCUCUUGCCCCGGGUUACGGCGUACUGUACUGCCAGCUCCUACAACAUGAAGGAGCUAGUGAGGUGGUUGAAGGAUUGCAAGCGAACACAUCACACUCACCCAAAACUUUUUGACGAGUGUCUUUACACGCCUUUCAUCUACACGGAUUGGAGGGGCGACAAGCGCUUCGAGCAUGAAGAUGUUAUACGUUUGGAUGACGAAGGCGGUGAAAUUAACGUGAGCGAUAAACAGCCCGACCUAUUUAUAUUUGAAUAUGGCGUGGUAGUUAUGUGGGGUUUUACAGAGAGAGAGGAGAAGGCGUUCUUGAACGACCUUGAGAGGUUUGAAAAGGAGAAAUUGGCAGAGGAGGACGUUCAGGUAGAGGAGUUCAAUUAUUACAUUACACAGAGCUACCAACCACGGAUAUACAACGAUUUUAUUACAUUGCGUGAUGGUUCCAACUACAUGAUCAAGCUUUCCAUAUCGCAUGCUAUCUCCCAGAGCGUCAAGAUAUCGCUAUUCGAAGAAUUGGUGGAUAAUACAAUAGAAGACACGCAGGACAUCCCGCAGGAGAUUGCUUCCAGUGGCAAGGUCUCCAUGAGCAAGGCGGAUAUCAUGAAAAGCAUCGGGGAAUUAUUCAUUCUCCGGAUUAACAUCAACCUACAUGGCUCCGUUCUUGACUCCCCCGAAAUCAUGUGGUCGGAGCCGCAACUCGAACCGAUAUAUCAGGCAACCAGAGGCUAUUUGGAGAUCAACCAACGCGUAGCUCUACUAAACCAACGACUUGAAGUCGUCAGUGACCUCCUACAGAUGCUAAAGGAACAGUUAGGUCACUCGCAUGAAGAGAACCUGGAGUUCAUAGUCAUAUUGUUGCUAGGAGUCGAGGUGCUAAUCUCCGUCGUUAACAUCAUUGUGGACAUCGUUGCAGAUACCAAAUGA